AUGGCCAUGAGACCCGACAUUGAAGAGGUCCGGCUGUCUGUUCUCGAAAUGGUGGGAGUAUAUGACUCCCCCUCUUUCUUCACGUCUUCUCCUGAUACUCCCACCAUGCGAUUUGACCCGGAUGUACCAGCUUCUCCCGCAUUAGACGAAGCCAUGUGGGUAUUCGGCUCGGCAUUGCAUCUUCCUGCUGCACUUCCUCGUUACACAUGUGAAUGGAGCUACUUCCCAGGCAGCCAAUGUGAAGAACAAGUGCCUUGA